CACAAGACGAGACUCUUUCCCCCCUCUUCUUCCUCUUUUAUCACUCUAUAGAUUGCUACUACUGCUAUAUCGCAAUCCAGCUUUGAAAUGUCAAAUUCUUCUUCUCCUCCCUCCUCCGCCGCCCGGCGCGCUCGCAACGGCUCUCUUACGCUCGAUCUGUCCAACAUUCCCCUGCUCUCGCAGCCUUCUCCGCCCUCGAACACUCUUCUCAUAACAGAGCUACACAACUUGAGAAUCUUCCAGCCUAACUCUCUCUCCCAAAUCAAGUCUCACAUUACCGCCGUCGCCCCACUGAACUCGUUCUCACCGCUCCCGUCCCUCCGACGUAUAGUCUGCUCUUUCCACACCACAGACGCCGCCGUCAAAGUGCGCCAGCUACUCGAAACCACCACAGCUCUAGGCGACCACUUCCGGCCUAGAAUAUAUUUCGGCGAGCACACACCCGUCGAAGACGUGGAAGAAGUGAAGAAGCGCAAACUCCUCGAGGCCCCCCACGCAGAGAAGCUGUUCUUCAUCAGUCCGCCUCCCAGCCCGCCGCACGGCUGGAUUCUGCGCAACGAGGAUCCUCCUAACAAAGAAGUCCACGCUUCCGAUCUGGCAGACGCCCUCAGCAGGCUAGGACGGUCCAACAGCUCUCCCGUCACGCCAGACUCCCCAGGCUCGAUGGCCGAUGUGGCCAUGCAGGAUGUUGGUCUGCCGUCGAGGACCAUGACGAUGACACAGCGGAGUCGGAGCAGUACCCUGAUUUACCAUCCCGAGGAGCACGGGAGCAGCCCACACCUACCCGCCGUCAUGGUCGAGGAUACGUCGAUCGAUCCCGACGCCUCCGAUUUAGAGAUGGAGAUGAGUCCCGUCGAACAACCGAGGAGGAUCCUAGCUCAUACCCCACGUCCGCCCGUUGAGCUCAUGCACUAGGUUGACCUUUACCCAGCAUUAGAGCUCUCCUAAUCUUGAUCUUCCUGUCUUUAUUCUUACUUUCUUCUUUUCUUCUUUUCUUU